AUGGCAGAAAAAAUCGCAUUAGUCACCGGUGCAAAUAAAGGACUGGGAUUCGCAGUUGUUAAAGGAUUAUGUGAAAAAUUCAAAGGAAUCGUGUAUUUAACGUCAAGAGAUGAAAAACGAGGUCUCCAAGCCGUGCAAGUAUUGAAAAAAAUUGGCCUGAACCCCCAAUUUCAUGUAUUAGAUGUGACAAAUGAAGACAGUGCAAAAAAAUUUGCAGAUUUUUUGAAAAAUAAACAUGGUGGUAUCGAUGUACUAGUUAAUAACGCUGGUGUCAUGGAUUUGGGUAACGUUUAUCCAACAUAUGAAGGUGCAAAACAUAACAUCGAUGUGAAUUAUAGAGGUUUAGUGACAGUCGAAAAGUUCUUGUACCCUUUGCUAAGAGAUGGCGCCAAAGUCGUUAAUGUUUCGAGCGCGUGUGGCCUUCUGUCAAAUUUGAAAAACGAAAAAUGGCUUCGUAUUUUGAAAAAUCCAGAUCUGACGGAAGAGGAAUUGAACGAUUUUGUUGAAGAAUAUUUAGCCAGUGUCAAAAACGGAACGUUUCGAAAAGAGAAUUUUGCUGACGAAGGAAAGCACGCUGAACACAGAGUGUCCAAAAUCGCUGCUACUGCAUUAACUAUGGUACAGCAAAGGAAUUACGCUAGUAGAAAUAUAUCUAUAAACGCUAUUCACCCUGGGCAUAUUAAAACUGAUAUGGCGAAAGGUGGAGGUGAUUUGGAGCCCGAAGAAGCUGCCAAAGGCAUUCUAUUUCUAAUUUUAGAGGCGUCACCUAAUCUAAAAGGCACUUUCGUGUGGCAUGACGGAAAACUAAUAGAUUGGUAUGACAAUGAAAGCAAUGACUACUACAAGUAUUGUCCAUAAUAAACUAGUACCAAAACUUAUGUAAAUUCUACUUUUGUCACGAACAAAUGCGAUUGCUAAAAUAAUGAAAAUCACUAUUAAAUAAAAUAAAUAUUUGUUGACACUAUCGUAUUGCUUAUUACGGCGUGCUAUGGCACAGCGUGACCAUGGUCGAAUUUAAAUAGCCAGAUAAAAAGUCGCUGUUUAGUCGGUUCUAGUCGCAAAAAACUAGAUUUAGUCGGUCCGCCGUUCAAAAUUAAUUAAUAUAAAAAUAAGAAAUUAAUAGAAAAGUGAAUGCCAGUGCUUGUAUCACGACCAGCAAUCCGAAGUGGGAAUAUAAACGCUCACUAUAAAUACUCCCGGUAACGGAAAACAAUACUGCUAGCGCUUCUUAGUAGCGGUCUAGUUGAGAGCUUGAAGCGAGGAGACACGCGGGACACGUAAGUUGCCCUUUAAGUCGGUAGCUAUGUCCGGACAUCGUCACAGGACACUGCUAUUUGGCAUCUCCGGCACUAACCCGGAGAGCUAAUAAAUGUUGAGCUAGACAUUUCCCGGUUAAUUUGGGAACUGGACAGAAGCCGUUCAUUCGGCGUCGGGAAGUGAGCGUGUCUUACAGCUCCUCCACCAAUGAGGACAUUUGGUAGUCGACUCAGAGUCGGCAACUCAACGGUGACAACCGUUAGUCGGUUAGAGCGAGAGCGCGACGGGAAGUGAGCGUGCCUACAACUCCAGUAUCUAUCUGGGAAAUAGGGAGGGUGCUGUACGUGCACCCGGGGCGGCUCACCUAAAGCAUUAGCCUAACAGAGAACCGGAUGAAGGCCGUUCAAACGGGCUGAUCCGUGGUUAGGACCUGACUUUGAUGGUCCAGAAGGGGAGAGUUGCAUUAGGGACAUAGGAGUAAGAAUAAUAUUUGUACUUUGUUUCGGCCCGUAUAACCAAGAAGGUUGAUAGGGCCAUGGGAAGGUUGGUGGGUCCCUGUGCGGGUUCGCUCGCACAGGCCAAAGUGCCCUUCCCGCAUAACCAGGAGGUUAAUAGGGAGGGGCACUAUAAACAAAACUUAUAUAGAAAGAUAUGGGACUGCUCAUUUGCCUACCUCUGUAUCAAUACACAAUGAGUUUGCAGUAACCGACGCACCUAGCGACCGUUUAAAAUUGUUGAUAGUUUUCUACUUAGAUUACAAAAUUGUUUUGUAAUCUAAUGUUUUUUAUGGCAAAUUUGACAACGCCCUAGUAGCCAUAAGAAGUAACCUCUCAUUAGUUUGUGGAAAGUCAAU